CACCCACGUUCUUUGCAGAAAGUUGCUGCAAGAAAUCUGCUCUCAUAACGUCUAUACACGCUGACCACGGAAAAGGGAAAAGCAGAUGGAGUUUGCCUGCACUCAUGUUGUGUGUAACUGGAACCCGGAUGGCGGCACAGCAGGUGCAGUUCCGCCACCGCUGCCUCCACGCCGGCUGAAAAAGCCUCGGCCUACUUCAGCUCCUCCAUCCUUUCAGUCCCUGCUCCAUCCUUCCUCCGUACCACCUCCUGUCCCACCCCGAUCAGGUGAGAAGCUGGAAGUUGAGGGCUUUUUGUCAGCCAACAUCAACGUCGUGUCCCUCAGUGUUGGAAAACUGGUGGACAUCAGCCAAGCUGCAGACCUCAUUAAGUUUAACAACGCAGUGAAUUGUGGGAAAUGUAGUGCUGCCUUGUCAUCUCUGAGUGUUGUUGAGAGAAACGUGUGGCGGUGCGAGUUUUGUGGAAGCAAAAAUUUUAUCGAUGACACCGUGAUGCGUUCACAUGUCGGUCAGCGUACAGGUGAGCGCAGUGAGGAGAUUUACCUGCCCAAUCAGAGCGAUGACGACUACCAGAACCUGGAGGACACAGUGGUGGUGUUUUGUGUGGACACAUCUGGAAGCAUGAGUGUCACAACAGAGGUCGUCUCAAGUGAAGGAUCUUCAACAUACGUUUCCAGACUAGAGUCUAUCCAGGAUGCCCUCCAGAGGGCGCUGUCAUCUCUGCUGCAGCACGCCCCUCGUAGGAGAGUGGCACUUGUGACGUUCAGUGACGAGGUGGUGAUAUAUGGUGACGGUACCAGCACUCCUGUAACUCUCAGAGAUUGGGCCUUAAUUGACUACGACCAUAUAUGGGAACAGGGCGUGGCUUACAGAAUCCCACACUGCAUUGCUGAGACUUACCCACAAUUAACAGAGAGGGUCAAAGAGCUCAAGGAUGAUGGUGCAACAUCUCUUGGACCUGCUGUGUUGGCAUCAGUUGCCAUGGCAUCAAAGUAUCCAGGGUCAAAGGUGAUUUUGUGCACGGACGGGCGAGCCAACGUGGGUCUGGGUGACAUGGAGCAGACGCCGUCAUCCUCCUCGUCUUCACUCAUUUGUCCAUAUUUCUACACACAGCUGGCUGUGCAGGCUGUGCAGAGCGGGGUGAUCGUUUCGGUAAUUACCUUUGAAGGGACAAACUGUUGCCUGGCUGAGGUCGGCAGGCUGGCAGACGUCACCGGAGGGAGGGUGAACAGCGUCAACAUUGGCACAGUUGCAACAGAAAUCCAGUCCAGUUCCAUGGAUAACGCCCUGGCAACAGGUGCCACAGCAACGCUGUUUGCUCCUGAUGGAGUUUAUUUCCCGUUUGAGGAUGAAAGUUGUCACCGAGUGGUUAAAGAGAUCGGGAAUGUGACAGACGGACUGGAGAUCACCGUCCAGUUUGCUGUCAAACCAGAGUUUACAGAAGUUUUUCUCCAGAAGUUCAAAGUACCAUUUCAACUUCAGCUGAGCUUCAAGACCACAGACCAACAGAGAGCUUCACGCAUAAUCACCGAGCAGCGACCGGUGACCACCUGCAGUCAGAUUUGGGCUGGAAGUCUCAACAUGGCGGUUCUUGGUGUCCACUGCGCUCAGCUAUGUGCCAGUUUGACCAUGGCGGGCCAAGUAAAGGAGGCGCAAAGAAAUCUGAAAAUGCAGCAAGACCUCCUCAAACACAUCAGUAAACAGAGACCAAUCCAAAAGGAAGAAAGUAUCUAUGGCAAAUGGAUGGCAACUAUGACAACAAUCUGCAAUGAUAUUACUUCAGAAUCACAGGUUCUCUCUGAUGAAGCAGCUAAAAUUCUUUAUCAGAUGAAGAGAGCCAGAAGCACAAACAAGAAUGUCAAAACGGAGAGCCAGAUACAGACGUACAGAAUGUAGAACAGUCAGUCGUCUGCAUACAGAGAAACGUGACUUGGAAAAUUAAACUCUGUGAAAAUGGAAAAGCUUUAGAAAUGAAUCUUUGAUGCAGGAAGUGGAAGAACCUUUGAAAUGGGACAAAGCUUAUUUUGCACCAAACCAUUUGGUCAACCCAGUGUCUUUAAUGGAUGUUGUACAGUCAUAUUUAAUGAUAUUUAAUUGGAUCUCAGAGCAUUGAACAGAUUUUUUUUCAAUGCUUAAAGCUUUUUAAUUUGUGUUAUGAAGUUCACACUUCACCAUGAAGUUUGCAGUAAAACCAUCUUUUUGUAGCCAUUUCAGGUGCCCAUUUCAUCUCAGCCUUUUCCUCCCUAAAGCAGCGUUACAGAUACAGCAAAGAAAUAAAGAUGUGUCAUGACAUAUGGAGCCCCCACCCAACGUAAACACAUGAAGCUUCACAACUCAGAUCAGACCCACAAAUCAUUUGGGGGUUUUAGCAGACAAAUGGAUAUUUUCCAUAACAGAGGUAAUCAUCCCAGCAGUUGUGAUCUGCAAGUACUAAAAAUACAAGCAUCAGUCAUUACUUCACAAAACCAGUCGAUUUAGCUGUGCUCACUGUCAGUACAUUGACAUUUAUUAAGGGAUGGUUCUUUGGCUCUACUAGACACUAAAGUCUUAAUGUGUUCCAUCACUCCAAAAUCAGUUCCCACAAAGACGUCAUGAACAGAAAACCUAAAAUUGUCCUGAUUACCUCUGCUCCAACCCAGGACAUAAUUGAAACGGUGACCACUGAUCCCAAAUUCACCACUGAGACAAGGUGAUGACCUCUCGACUCACUGAAAACAUAAAUAAUGCUAUCCAAAUUCACCUGUAGUAUUAGAGAUACUAGAGACUGAAGUCAGGUGCCCUUUUGAAUAAUCAGCCAGUUAUGUAAUUGUAAUCAAGUAUCACCAAUGUUGAAAAGAACACCUAUUUUACCAUAAUGCUUAGAACAAAUACAGAAAUGUCAAAUUCGAGGUGUUCAAACAUGUAAGAAUCCUAAAGAAGUUGUAAUUAUGCUUCGUACCAGAUAAGACAAAACCCAGAGCAAGAUAAUUCCAAAGUCACAGAAAUUUUUGAAGCUCUGAUUGUUCAGUUUGCAGUAUGCGCACUGAAGGCCAUGCCCGUGACAAGUACUGCAUCUGGUUUUACAGUUAGUGAAUACAUUUCCAGGAGGCAGGUCUGUUCCUGCCAUUCUUUUCUUUCCACCCAUAUUCAGUGGCAUUCAGGCUUCUUUCCAUGCACAUAUUUGAUGGAAGACAUGUAGUGAGUGAUACUUUGCUGCACUUGAGGUUGGUAACAAACCCUGUACCUGAAUCCCUUUUAGAGAAUAUAGCAUAAUGUAUUCAUUUGCCCCUUUUGUAUGCCAUCGGAAAAAAAAGAGAUGCAGUUUGGUGCAUCCACCAUAAAAAUUGUAUCACAGCUACAUCCUGCUCCGUCAUACAUAUAAAGCAUUUUAUAUUUUCUGUACACGUUGAAGCAAUUCAGACAAUUACAAAACCCCCUUGUGCACAUACACAAACUGUGCAAAAUUGGUUACCUUUAUAAUCCAAUGCACAAUUGUAUUGAUAUUUUACACCCCACACUAAGAAAUGAAAUACGCUGAGGCAUAAAAUGUUGAAUUUAAUUGAUAAAGUUAAGGUAACUUUCUCCACAAUUAAGUGCAAAACAAGAUUGUAGUUGAAAUUAAACAUUACUUAAAUCCCAAUAUCGUUUUGCACUUAAUUCAUAAAGUUAUGUGGAAAAAGUUACCUUAACUUUAGCAAUUACAUUCAACAUUUUUUUUUUCUUAGAGUGCAGAAGUAGAGCUGCACAAUUUGAUGAGGCCAUAUCAUCUUUGUGGGAAAUAGUGAGAAAACUAGACAUUCAGAGAGUCAACCUGUCAGGAUUAAAUGUUUGAGUCAAUUGCAGUCCUUUAAUAAAACUCCAAAUAUGGAAGUUACAUUAACAGUACUUAUGACAUUAGAUUUUUUUUGUUCCAAGUAAACCUUCACUCUGUUGUAAAGCUGAAUUUCAUUUAUUGAAAUACUUCAACUACAUGUAACGUAGCUGCUCCUGUUAAAGCCUGUAGAGUUCCACUGCAGUCAUUUGACAGGCGGUUUCAGUUUUCUUGUGCCUAUGCAUUCAUUAAGUGGACCUGAAAAGUCAUUUUGAACAUGCAUGUGUUCAUCACAUGCAGAACUCUGUAGCUUAGCGGUGUUGUGGAUGACACAUUUGACCCCUCUAUGAUUCUAACUGUACAGGCUCCCAUCAUGUUGUCAUGAGAUCAGUUCUGCAUCACCUCCAGGUUCAGAGUGUUUCCAUUUCUAAGUGAUCCAUGGUGGCAUUGGUUAGAGGCUCACAUGCAGUGAUGUUCCAAGUACUGUAGACAACCAGUGCAUCAUUUCAACACAAGUUACUUAAGAAUCAUGCAAAAGGGUCUGAUGUUCAAGAGUUUUAUUUCAAAGUGAUUGAGCUUCCCAGUGAUCAUUUGAGAAAAACAAAUGGACGUCUUCUGUCACAGUGUCAUUCCAGCACCCAUCUCCUGCAAAUGCAAGCAUGUAUUAAACAGGAGCUGGUAAUGAAGUUAGAUUUGGAAACUACAUACUUUUACCUUUCCAGUUGACCAGCAAACAGUCCUCACCGUGGUGGUCAUUGGGCUCGUUUUCACACCAGACUCCAUAGCUAAAGCGUGAGCCAUCUGCCCACUGCCAUGUACCUUCCUAAGAAAAGGACAAUACCUUUACUCAAAGUAACUCCAGUGUUAACCUCCUGCCUGAGAUCUUACCAGUCUGGCGUCAGAACCUCCAAUCCAUGCCCUUUUGUCCUACAAUGCAGCACAUUUUAUCACCUUACGGAGAACUUCACUCUUUAGCUCCAUACGCCAAGUUUGCACGUAUGACCUGACAAAGUGUCUACAAACAAGUGUGAGACUAGAAUGAGGUCAAAAAAAAAAAAAAAAAAAAAAGUUAAAGCUUCUCCAAAUCGGCCCAAUUACC